UUCUGAACCUCGGGUCUUUCCAGUAAUUUGCCUGCCUACGCGUUGACUGUUGCCAUGGCAAGCCGUGGCUCCCGCGAAGUUGGAGCAGAUCUGCUUGGCACAGAGCAACGGAAGCUGUUGGAUAAGACCUUCAAAGAGCUGACUGAAAAUUGUCUCUUUCCUUGUCGAAACUUGCAGUGCAGAGAGAGAAAGAGGUUUAAGGGCGUCACCGACAACGCCCGGAUACCUUGCCGCAUCCGGGUCUUUAAGAACGACCGCGACAUCACUGAGAUUGCAGAUGAGACAAUCAAAAUCCCUGACAUUAUCUUCCGAGAGAAGCAGGAGCAGUUUGGACACCAGGUCAUUCCAUGGAAUCAACGGACUCCCCGACAACUCUUCCUCUACAACCAGCAGAUUUUGGAGAGAGACCUGGAGAUUGACGUGUUGAAGAUCCGCUGCAUUUGCGUCAGUUGCAACAAGGUGGUGUCGGAAUGUCAUGCCGUGGACACCAAGGAGAAGUUGCAUUUGGAAGUCAAAGAGUACGUCGCACACGACCGGAAUCUGCCACUGCUCUAUGAUCGACAGAGCGCCAAUCUUGAUCUCCCAGACGAUGCAAGCAAAGUGUGUGCGCUCUCCCACGGACCAGGUGUUAACCGAUUCGUCGAUGAAGUACUGCCCAGACACAUCGAGGCUAUCAGAGCUUCCUUGCGAAAUGGAGCAUUACAACAGCGACUGAGUGAAAAGAGUCAGGAUGCCAGGACGAUGUUUCAGGAUCCAAAGAAAACCUACAUUCGCAUUGGUCUCGGUCUUAGAGAGUUGGGUGGUUUGACCGCCAUUCUCGAGCUUUGGCCUCAGGGCUAUCGAUCUCCAAAGCACCACCAUGGAGGAUGUGCAGGCAGCGUUCGCGUACUCCAUGGUGAACUUCACUGCUACUUGUACAAGACUUUGCUUGAUGAGACCCCAAUGGAAUUUGAACAUGGGGAUUGUGGGCUGUCGCUCCCGCACGGAAAGCACCAAAAGCUGAUGCUGAAAGCUCCCGCGACUACAUGGCUGAAUCGGCAGAAUUGGUGGACUCACGAAGUUUGGUGCGGAAGUGACAACCCUGGCGACUUUGCGCUUUCCCUCCACUUAUACAAAUCUUGCACGGAUGAGUUUGCCUUUGUAAAGCCUCCUGCGAAUGGAAGAGCAGUUCUAGCCAAAGGAGGCCCCAAAAACGAUUUCUUUUGGAACCUACGCGAAGAAGGCAUGGGCUUGCUGGACACAGAUGACCGCGUCAAGGAGAUCGGCCAGGGAGAGGGAGGAAGGCCCAAGAACUUUGUGGAGACAGUGCUAAGUGCUCAUGCAGCCGGACCUUCCUCAGGCAGUGGUGAGGUCAGUCCAUCUCUUGGAUAUCCUUCGCAGCCUGAACUUCACCAGGUGCACGACGGACAGUUUGAACGGGUUCUAAAAUCGGGUACCACAGGCUUCAACGCCUCCUGUCGACACCACCGGUUGGUCCUUGCACAAAGCGGCGAAGGAGGGCGAGGGCGAGAUUCUGCAAGCGUUGCUCCAUGGCGGCGCUGACAAGGACUUGCUGCGGAGCAUUUCGUGUUACUCAGCCUUUUAUGGAAAUCAUGGCCGGUUCUCCAGCGGCAGCAGGUAAAUUGACAAAGAGUUCGCGGCACAGCGCUGCAUUACGCAGCCGAGCGCGGCCACGUCGCGGCGGUGAAGGCGUUGCUGGCGGCCGGAGCCGCAGUGAACGCAGUAAUGAAUAGUGGUGACACGCCGCUGCACAAAGCGGCGAGCGGGGACCACUUGGAGGUCGCCCGGGCGCUGGUGGCGCACGGGGCGUCGCCGGAUGUGAAGGACCUCAACGGUUUCACUCCUGCAGCGUUGGCGCCUCGCAAAACGGCGGUCGCGGAGUUCUUGGAGGCAGAAGCCAAGAAAUAAGGAGACAAGGGCAUAGCAAAAAGAAAAAAAGAAAAGAGAAGAGAAGAGCUGCACUUCUUCCAAGAGGCUUGCAGAUGCUUUUGGUCCACGAGGCUGAGGGGACUCGUGGAAUCCAAGACCUUUUCGCUGCACGUCGGGUGGCAGUGCCACCGAAGGUGUUCACGCCUUGACCACGACCGCACCGUGCGCCGACAAAAGAGACCGUUGGGCGGUAAAUGGAAGACUGCAAGCAACACAUGUUUUGUGCAUUCAAUCGCGAACUUGUCUAAAGCAAAGGCCCUUGCAAUGAUUGGUUUUCUGAAAUUGUGGCCGGUGUUGCCUGUGCUGAAUUGCGAUGUUCACUUGUUUCUUGA